UUUAAAAAAUUAAUAAGUAUCAUAAAAUAAUUUUCAAUUUGUUUUAAUAAAAGAUUAUAAAAUAUUUUUUAAUAGUAAAUUAUAUUAUGAUAAGUAUGUUAAGGUUCUAUAACACGAGGAUAUAUCUUGUAGCGAUAAAUAUCUAUGUGAUUUUGUGGACUUGUUAUGGAGAAAUGGAUAACACUGCUCUAUUAGAAGGUGUAAAGGUAGGAGGUAGAGGACUUUCCAAAACUUUUGAGGUUAACGAUACAAUAAUCCAAAGAUUGGUUCGAGGAAUGCCUUAUACAAUUUUGAUGAAUGUCGUUUCUAAACUUGGCAAUUUUGAUUACAAUAAAACAGUCAAUAAUACGAAUACAAUAGGACUUCAUUUUCCAUGUGAUUUCAACUCUUACAACAUUUCGUUCUAUUUGACGUGCUCCAACUUGGUGAAUUUGUCUCUAAUAGCAUUCGCCUAUUUGAAAUUUGAUUACAGUAUAUCAAAAAUUGAAAGGAUUAGUUAUCACAAAGAAACUCCAUCUCUUGUACAUUUCAAUUUCUCCGUACCUUUCGAGCAUAUGGUCCAAACCUUUAGGAUGAAACUAUUAGCAAUCACAACAUACAAUGAAACAAGGGAAUUAGUAGAAUUUAAAGAAUUCACCAAUUUACCGUUAGAAUAUCAUUUCAAAUCAAAGGGUAUUUACAAGCUGAGCUUCCAGUUUAAGAUAUGCGAUGUGUGGUUGGACACUAUUGAAAAAAUUAAACAUGUCAAAAUAAAUGACAGACCUCUCAAUAAAUACUAUGAUUGCAAUUCUAUAAUAUUCGCCAAUCUAUCGAUUUACAAUACCAAACGAAGCUUACUCAUAAUGGUUUUUCCAAAAAGUUUAAAGGAAUCUUUCAAGAAUGGGAAUAUGUCGAAACGUAAUUGUAGUUUAAUCUUAUUUGUGAUAGCCUAUGAUCAAACACCAAGAAAUAUAACUUAUAUGAUCACAUAUAAAACACCUCAAAUGAAUAGGCCUAAGGGUAAAUAUAUAAUCCACCAGGAAACUAGAUUUAAAAGGCCAAGGGAUAUUCCUAGAGCGAAUUUCGAAAAUUUAGAAGAAUUUUUGCAAGGAAUAGAAGGAGAGGCUAAUGACCAUUUCCCUCAAGUGAAUAAUCCUGCUUUCAUUGAAGAUUUUUUGGGACUUGCUCAAGAUGUCGGGCUCAAUAAUGCAAUAGUUGAAGAAAUUGCUCCAUUGGUAGAAGCUGUUCCAGUGAUAGGAGAAGUUGCUGCUGUUAUGGAAGAUAUUGCUCCAGUGAUAGAAGAGGUUGUUCCAGCUAUAGAAGGACUAGCCCCAAUUGUAGAAGAAGUUGCUGCAGUAGUAGAAGAAGUUCCAGUUGCAGGAGAAGGUGCUGCAGCCAUAGAAGGACUAGCCCCAAUUGGAGAAGAAGCUGCUGCAGAAAUACUGUUAAUGACAAAUGUUAUAAUGAUGAUGACAAUUAUGGCGCUGCACCCUUUACAUUCCAAUCGUAAUCCCGAUAGGCAAACCCGACACUCGAGAUGCAAUCAAAUCAUAUCUCUUUCACUUAGGUCAGCUGGUUUACCUACCUCAUUGGAGCCUUCUGUUCUUUUUUCCGAUGGUAGUGCAGAUGGAAUAACACUAAUUCCAUGGUCACAUUAA